AUGGAGGGUGCAGAACCGGUGAUCAGGGAAUGGCAGAUGGAACAGAUGGAAAAGGUGGUGUUUCAAGUUGGAAAUCUAGCGGAGACCGCGGAGGAGGAACAGUUGCUGCAAGCCUUCAGCAAACUGGGUAUCGUCUUCGAGAUGGUGGUGCGUUCAGAUGUCCGAACCCGGCUCAAUAUGGCUCGAUGCUUAAAGAAGGUCGCCAAGCGUAUUCCUAACUUCCUGUCAAAGAUCAAAGAAGCUGAUGCUGACAGAGUGAGGGAAGCCUUGAAGUUGGCCAGACAAGAAGAGUUGGACCACCACGACGAAGCAUACCAGGAACUCGUGGAGCUUCUGGAGUUCGUGACAGAAGAGACAGGUGAUGUUUUCAGGAGAAGGCUGAGUCCAAAGCACCCCCUCAAGGAAGUUCCUCUAGUUCCACCGGGUCAAGUGGUCCUGCAGGUCAGACAACCAAUCACCAGUGAAGUUCGAACAGCCUUGCUUGGAAAGGUCCUCAUACUCGACGGCGUACUGAGUGUCACCUUCGAGGAGGGCUAUGUGAUUGUGGCAACAAGAUCGGUGGCAACCGCGGAUCCGACCUUCUUGUCAAAGCUGAUGAAUGUGCUCAUCGAGCAGGGAGUGCUGGGGGAACUCUUCAGCGUAGGGGAGGCUACAGGUGCACCGAUCGGUGCUGUUUCCAAUGCUCACCCCUUGGCAUCCGCUUCGGGUGCAGGAAGCAGUUCAACCAGCUCGACGGGUAUUCCCACAGAGGCUGACAGAGAAGACGAUGGUCAGGCACAGGCUGAUCCUGCAUACCUCGAUGAUGAACAUGAAUUGAAAGAUCGUGUUGGACUCGAUGGCGAGCCUGGCGCUGGUUACGGCAGCAGCGAGGGCAGGGCCGGAGCCGGGGCCGGCGCAGCUGGCGUACCUCAGUGGACAUUCUUCUCGCAGAGAAAUUGGAUGAUGGAGAGGAGGUUGCAGGAAUACGAAGACGAUCCGACAAUAGCGUCAAGGUUGGCCAACAAGAAGAAGCAGCAGCAAAAGAAGCGCGAAGAAGAUACAAAGCGCUUCCGCUGGUUGUCUUCUUGGAUUGGCCUUCAUCACGAGGACUGA